CCUCAGACACGUUCUUGCCCAUCACGACUUACCACUAUCAUCGCCGAUCGUCGUUAUCGAUGCGCGAGCAACGGGACGGUCCGAAAGUCGUCAAGUCGCGUCAAGGCGAGCCGAUUCCAGGCCCAAGGGAGGACUUUGCGACUGUUUGGCACCGACCUGAUGCGUCAUGCGAUUAUACGACGUCGUUCUCCUCGCGAGCUAAAAGAGACGAACGAGACGCUGAAGAGCCUACAGACGAGGUUGGAGCUGGCGUACGCAUCGACAGCGUCGUCCGGUGCACCGGUCGCCGGUGGAGGAGCACUCGGAGGGCUAGGUAGCGUAUCGUGCGGGGGUACGGGAAUCAGCGGUACCGUCCUAGGAGGUAGCGUGGCGGUUCCAGGCGGCGUGCCCGGUAGCACCACCCUGACGGCCAUCAUGGAGACGAAAGAUGCCCGGAUACAAACGUUGGAGAAGGAGGUAGCACUCUUGGAAACGGAGUUACAGCGUAUCAAGGAGUGCGGUGGUAGAUUGAGGGAGCAGUUGUUGAAAGCCACCGCCGUGCCAAGCGGCGGUGACAUGCAACAGCUUCAACAACAAUUUCAGCAGCAACAGCAACAACAACAGCAAAUACAGCAGCAACAGCAGCAGCAACAACAACAACAACAACAACAAUUAGGUUUAUCGAAUGUCACAAGUGGCGUUACGGGUAUCGAGCAACAAGCUCAACAGGGAUUGGUGACGGCCUUGGGUGGUCCACAACAGUCCGGCACGUUGGCCCUGGCCAGGGGACCGUCCGUGAUGACCUCCCUGGUACCGUACGGUCACUCGUCGUCCACGGCACUAACCACUCCGUUGCUUGCCGGUUCGACAGGUGGAACCUUGAGCGGGAGCAGCGGGGUCGGCAUCCUUGGCGGCGGUUCCUCGUGCCUGGCCGGCAUCUCGUCGGGCACCACCACUGGCGUGGUCAAUCCCUAUACCGAUCGUUACUCCGAUCAUCACCUUCAUCCCCAUCAGCUUCACCAUCAUCAGCAUCACCAUCAUCAUCAUCUCCAUCAGCAGCAGCAACAACAACAACAACAGCAGCAGCAACAUCAACAACAUCUAUUGCAGCAGCACCAGCAACAUCAGAUCCAGCAGCACUUAAGGCAAAUAGAGCCAGCGGCCGCAGGAGCCUUGGCGCUCCAUGCCCACACCUUCAACAAACACGACCUGAACUUCAAACGGCAAGUAAGUUUCUUCAUCAACAACGUGCGCAUCGAAAAGAACGACGCCGUCUAGGGAGGUGGGAGGUGCCGCGCGGAAUUUGGACGACACCUUUGAUAACCUUUGAACCCUGGCUACCACACGUUGGCUAACACCGUUUCUUCGUUUUCUUCGACGUCCGCUGAGUUCUCUCUCGCGCGCUUCCGCUCGCUCCCCCCGAAACCCCCUCUUCUCUUCGGCUUUUCGAAUCUCUACGGAGGAGCAUGAUGAUGAUGAUGAUGAUGAUGAUGAUGAUGAUGAUGAUGAUGAUGACGACUGAGUAGCAUCUGGAGCAUGAUCUAACACUUAAGUUUUAAAUUAUAUCGAUGACACACACAUCGUGCCUGCUCCUCUCUCGUUUCGUCGGAUUCAAGAUAUAUAAAGGGACGGAGAGAAAUUGGAAAACAAAAAGAAAGAAAUAGAAAGAGAAAGAAAAAGAGAGAGAGAGAGAGAGAAAAACAGAGAAGG